UGUGACCGUGUGGAGGGAAAAAAAGGAAGAGAGAGAAAGCCGCGGGUGGAGAGGAGGAGGAGGAGGAGGAGGAAGAGCGGGAUAAACCCAGCAGACAGACAGACGACGGGACCGAAAAGAAAGAAAAGAAAUGUGGAUUAAUCCGCGAGCUGUGCGCGCGACACUCUGAGGAAUAUUUCCGCUCGUGGAGGAAAAUUAAUUUUUUACAUUUUCUCUCUCUUUUUUUUUUUUUUUUUUCAAUUUUCGGGCUGAAAUUUGUUUGGAUUUGAUCCUGCUGCUGCUUCCUGCCGGGACACACACACACACACACACACACACACACACACACACACACACACACACACUCUGAGAGUUCAGCCCGGUACCGGACGGCGCGUGCGUCUGCGCGCGUGAAUAUGCGUGCAAGUCCAGGUGUGCGCGUGCGCUCCCGGCUUCCGUUCGUCGCUGUUUGUUGUUAAAUCUGAUGUUUCUGUGACGGAGUUCUGCCUCAGCUCCGGUCACCUUGUUUUUUGACCUGUGUGUGCGUGGCCGUGCGUGCGUGAGUGGGUGCGCGUGAACGUGUGCGUGCUCAGCAUGUCGCAGCGUGACUCCCACACUGAAAAUAAUUCAUAAACAUAAACUCUGUUUUUAUUUGUUCUGGAGAAAGUGUUUUUUUCUCUGAGGAGGACCAACAGUGUGUUUCUGCCUGUGUGUGUGUGUGAGAGUGUGCACGUGCGCGUCCACGCCCCCGUCCUGCAUCCUGCACGCGGCAGAUCGAUGAGGAUGGAUGUAUUUACUUUGGCACGAGAGGAGGAGAUUUGAUUUUUAGUUUUUAACCUGUUUUAACCGGAUGGAUAUUAAAUUAAAAAUAAUCAAAACAAAACUGAGACAUUAAAAACCUGGAAUUUACUCCACACAAGAGAAAAGGGCAUGGCGGACUGAGCGGCGUCCUCGAGGCAGACGGUCCCGUCUGACGCAGAAACCAGACGCCCGCAGACACGCAGCAUGGUGGAUGCCAGCACAGCGUACAGGAUGAACCCGCUCGCCGCCCUCAGCGUCGACCGCAACGCUCUGGUGGGGGAGAACCUCCGCACCCACGGAGGGAUUUUCUUUCCCGCCAUCUAUCCUCUCUCUGCUGAGAAGCCCCAGGAGCCCGGCUCCCCUCUCCCACUCGGAUAUGAUCUUCUGUACAAACCUGAAGUCGCCCUGCUGGACGCCCAGAAACCCUCCAACGGAUACAUUGGACUGUAUAAGAACCCGCCGCCCGGCCUGCAGAAGCCCCUGCUGGUGCCUGUGGCGGGAGCUGAAGGCCUGGGGCUGGAGCGCCGGGUUCUGCCCGGUGACAAGCAGUCGGAGCUGGGCCUGAACGGUGCCGGCUUCCUGAGGUUGCCGUGGAUCAGCCCCUACGCCGACGCAACCAUGUACCCCUUCCUGGACAUGGCGUACAAGGCCUCCUUCCUGUCCCAGCCGUCGCCCUUCAUCCACCAGCAGCUGGCGUAUCAGUCUCUGUGCGCCGCCGGCGCAGGAAGCAGCACGGCUGGGGAGGACAGACUGUUCUACCUGCCUCGAUACGCCCCCGCCCAUAUCUCCUCCCCUCUGGGCCCCCCCAUCAGGAUCCCUGCAGCCACCCCAGCCCCCGCUGUCCUUUCACCCCUGCCCCGCUGCCAGGACAAGGCCCUGCAGAGCGUCGGUCCUCAGGUACAACAGGAACCCUCCGCCUUCAGCACCAGUCCCCCCGGCCGCCACGAGCCCCCGCCUCAGCAUAACGAGCGACAACAUGGAGGCAGUGGAGCAAAGUGCAGUCCGCCCUCCACCAAGAGCGGCGGCGGAGCGCCUGUUACCAGCUCAGACUCACCCCCACUUCCCCCGCCCCCACCCCUCAGCAACACCACACCAGACCUCCAGAAGUCCCUGUACAGAAGCACCUCCUCCUCCCCCUCAGUGUCCCGCCCCUUCUACUGCUCCCCCGGUCACUCAGGCAGCAGCAAAACCAAAGAGGUCAGCUCGGACACAUGUGCGUCUCCCUCCAACACAUCACAGGACAGAGCUGCCCCCCCCAGGACGUCCAGACACCCCGCAGAGAAACCGUUGGACCUGUCUGCCAAAGAGCUGGAAGGAUUCACUAACGGCUUCCCGUCCAAAUUAGAGGCUCUGGCCAAGCUGGGCUAUUUACCCCCCUCUCGUUACGGGCUGGACCAGCACUUAAAAGAGGCUCCGCCCCCAACUGUUAGCACGUCAGCAAAGAUUCCAGAUCACCCGGACGCGAUCAGCACUGUGUCCUCCCCGUGGGUUGUUGCGGGUCCCUCCCCAGCGGUGAGCUCAGACCUCAGCAGAAGCUCCCACAAGAUUAAAAACAAGAGCGGGGACAACCCCCCCCCCCCAACUCAGCCGCACAGCUCUGCUGGCUCCUGCACAGCUCAGGUCAGACGAAGUCCCAGUCCGGCCUCAGGGGGACCAGCGCCUGCAACCCCCCCUUCCCCAAAGUCCAAAGCUGAGUGGUCACAAGCCCCCACUACUGACGUGGAGAAAGGCCCCCCCCACAGCUCUGGGAAACAGCCGGAGGCUGCGGAGACCAGAGCUCCUCGGGCGGAGGAUGGAAACGCCCCCACCCAGCUGUUCGCUGAUUCCUACCUCCCUCCAGGUUUAGGUUACACCAGCCGCUACAUCCCGUAUUCAGUGGCUGAGAACAUGUCCCUGCAGCGCAUGUCCAUACCAGGCAAGGGACCCGUCUACCCCCACCCUGUGUUACUCGGCAACAGCAGCUUCUACCCGCCGCACAUCGCUCCCAAACACGGCCUCGCCUACGGAGUGCGUCCGUAUCAGAACGGCCAGGAAGCGGCUCCCACACCCCUGUCGUCCUACACCAGCGACCGGCUUAAGACGCAGGACAAACCCUGGACCGCAGACGCUCACAGGACCCAGGAGAGACGGGAUCCUGACGGCCCCCACAGGAGUGACACUGAGAGAGACAAGUCCACAAACGUGAAGGCUUCUGGGAAAAGCCUCGCCGCCGUCAGAGAGGACGUGGUCUGUAUCGACCUGGUGCGUGAUGAGGCGGACGAGGACAAACGCAGCCCAGACAGAGAGCCGGGGCCUCCCAAGGUCCCCCCUCCCUGCCAGGCUGCAGAGCAGAGGCUAGGACCACUGCCCCCGACCACCCCACCUCCUCUCCUUAAAGAGGAGAUCCCAGAGGAGGAGGAGCCAGCGAGUCCGUCCUCAGACCUCCCAGAGGAGCAGACCAUGCGCUGUGCCCGAACCUCUCCACAGCAGUUUUCUAGAACCAGUAAACCUGGAGCCGGUGGGGCUGGGGGGGGGUUCAGGGGGGGAGGCAGUGGUGGGAGUAACGAUGUCGAGCGGAGGAGUGCUAAUGAUGAAACCUCGGCCAGUAGGAAGACGGACCCCGAGCAGAGCCCCCCCACAAAUGUGAAAGACAGUGACUGCAGCCCCAUCAUGGGAGCAGUGUGUGCAGCCACCAGCCCCCCCAGUCCAGUGAGGGGGGGCAGCUGUCCGCCACACAGUCCAGUCUGCGGCAGUAAGGGACCGUCAUGUCGAGCCUUCGGUCCACAGGUCAGGAGUUUGACCCCCAGGGUCACAGCUGGAGGCACCAGAGCCCCCCCCUGUAACACUGAGGAUGUAAACAGUCCACCUUUCACCAGCAGAAACUUUGUGGGUCCCUGUUGCAGAAAUCUGAGGGCGCCGCCGUGUGAAGCGCGAGUUCUGAGUGGAAGAGGAAACCUCGUAUCUCCGGUCUGCAGCAGCUUCAGUCCCAGAUAUUCACACUGUGAAAACCACGGAACAGAACGCAGCGUCGGUGUCGGGGGUCCUGUCUGCAGCUUCAGGGGGUCACACUCUCUCUCCAAGGGCCAGACCUGUGUCAGUAACACUCCCCGCCCCCCCCUGUAUGGAAACAGUUUCUCAACCUGUCUGCACCUGUCACCUGGGAAUCCCACCAGCGGAGGAUUUAACAGGACACCUGCAGAUGUGACAGCUGACAGGACGCCAAACGCCGUCCUCGAUUGUGAAGACGGGACGUCAGACAUUCAGGACAGAGAUCCUCUCGCCGAUGACGAUGAGGACUCCGGCUGCGGCAAGACCCGGCUCUCCGGCCUCACCAGACGCAUCGCCAACUCGUCCGGAUACGUGGGCGACCGCUUUAAAUGCAUGACCACCGAGCUGUACGCCGACUCCAGCCAGCUGAGCCGCGAGCAGAGAGCGCUGCAGCGAGCAAUGCUGCGCUUCUCCGAGCUGGAGCUGAAGGAGAAAGAGGGAGGAAGAGGAGAAGGAGAGGAGGAAGAAGAAGGGAUGACAGCAGCAGCAGAGGUGGCAACAGGGGAGAGGGAGCUGGCAGCCGGCCAGCGGGGAGACGGAGGGAGGGAGGAGGAGGAGGAGGAGGAGGAGGAGGGGUGGAAGAAAGAGGGAGGAGGAGGAGGAGGAGGGUGGGAGCGCUGCCAGCAGAGUGAGGGGAGGCGAGGAGGAGGAGGAGGAGGAAGAACUCCCUCUGCAGCCGCUGCCGAGGCACCGAGAGGUUUUCAGCUGUGCUGCCCUCACAGCCGCCCCCCCCUCCUGCCACUUUGCCGCCACUCCAACAACCCCCCCACCCCCCGAGAAAAGGAAGACCGCUCCACAGAGGAGGAGAAGAAGAAUGACGAGAAAGAGGAGGAAGGUCUGCAGGAGGAGAGGAAGAAAGAGGAGAAGAGUCCUGUCUCACAGCCAGAACAACAACAACAACAACAACAACAACAACAACAACAACAACAACAACAACAACAACAACAACAACAACAACAACAGAGGUUCCUACCCGCCUCCAGAGGCCUGUUUCAGGGAAACGCCCCCAUAAUGACAUCCACGCCGGGUGGUUCAAAUCCCGGCGUGGCGAUAAGCCGGAGGCGUGUCUUCAGUCUCGAGCCUUUCCACCAGAGCAGCAUCAGCAGCAGCCGACUGAAGAGAGGGAGGGAGGAGGAGAGGGAGGGAGAGAGGGAGGAGGACAGGGCGGGAAACCCCAACAAGAAAACCAAGUGUUCAAAUGACUCCGCCCUGGACGACGUGAAGAAGCUUAAGGUUUGCAUCGAGCUGAACGGCCUUCGACUCAACAAGCCGCGCCUCCCCGGCGACCUCGGCCAAUGGCUGCCGUCCAGCCAGAGGUCGGCGGAGGUCGACAGGAAGUUCAGAAUGGACGUCCCAGCUGUUAGGGCGAGGUCAGAGGUCAACGGAGGCUGGGGUGACCCCAUGUUUGUGAGGAGGGACGGCCCGAGAGUUUUCCACGUGCCCCCGCCCACCUCUCCCACCCAUCUCCCCCGGCAACCGUUCAGCUCUGCGCCCCAGCAACUGGCCCCCGCAUCCUUCUGCUCCCUCUCCUCCUCCCGCCUCCAGGACAAGCAUCAGAAGCUGAGGGAGAGCCGCAGGGUCUCCACUUUCCUCCCGUCCUUACCUCUGCUUCCUCCGUCCUCCUCCUCCUCUUCCUCGCCUGACCCCCAUCGCUUCCGCUGCCAUGACGACGACCUCGACAAGCCCAAGGGCAAGCGUCCCUGCAAGAUGAAGCACACGGGAGGAGAUGCGGCAAGGGAGGAGGAGAGAUACGAAGGAGGGAGCGAGGAGGAGGAGGAGGAGGAGAAGAACGGGAAGGUUUCUCCUUCUGACCCGUCUCGCUCGCCCAGCGAUCGACCUCCCUCUCCGCAGAACACACUCUCCGCCCGGCCCGUCCCUCCGGAGGUGCGGCGGCUCAUCGUGAACAAGAACGCCGGAGAGACGCUGCUGCAGCGCGCCGCCCGCCUGGGCUACGAGGAGGUGGUGCUGUACUGUCUGGAGAGACGGGUCUGCGACGUCAACCAUCGAGACAACGCCGGCUACUGCGCCCUGCAUGAGGCGUGCGCCCGCGGCUGGCUCGGGAUCGUACGCCACCUGGUGGAGCACGGAGCCGACGUCAACUGCAGCGCUCAGGACGGAACCAGGCCUCUGCACGACGCCGUGGAGAACGACCAUGUGGAGGUGGUGCGCUUCCUGCUGGCCUGCGGCGCCGACCCCACCCUCACCUCCUACUCUGGACGAGGGCCAAUCAACAUGACCCACAGCGCUGCAAUGGAAACCUUCCUGGAGGACUAUCUCUCUGACCUCCAGGGAAGGUCGGAGGGUGAUCCGGGAAUCUGCUGGGAGUUUUAUGGCAGCGCCGUGUGCGAGGCGUCCAGUGAAGGAGGGGUCUACAACAUCCUGGCCGACCCACCAGGACCAGAGGAGGAGGAGGAGGACGAAGAGGAGCAGGAGGACGAGGAGCAGCGGGCCAGGAGGGAGGUGUUCGAGUUCGAGCUGUCCGACCGACCGCUGCUCCCCUGCUACAACAUCCAGCUGUCUCUGUCACAGGGCCCCAGGAACUGGCUCCUCCUCUCUGAUGUCUUAGGUCGCCUUCGGAUGACGUCUCGGUCUUUCCGGCGCCUCUUCCCUCAGCUCAACGUGCAGUCCAUCCCUGAGGACGAGUUCUACCGCCAGGCGUCGCUGUCGCAGCUGCUGACGGGUCCUGACGAGCAGGAGCUGGCCUCCUUCAGGCCCGACGUCAAAGACCCUCUGGAGCUGGUGGAGGCCACGCCCGAGCUGGCCGGCAUGCUCGGUUCUUCCCUGGAGUUCGUGGACAGUCGCUGGGACUCGCUGAAAGCUUUGCGACCUCCGACACCGCCCCCACCACCACCAAGACCCUCGGUAAGACUUUCACCAAGACCGCCACAGCGUAUUCCACCGUUGUUCCCAGCACAGCGACAGGGGGCGACACAGCCUGCUGCGCAAGGGGAGAAUGUGUUGCAACACAGUCUGGGAUGUUCUGCUCCGGCAGCUAAGACAGAAACUAAAUCAGCUGCCAUGUGGGAACCACAACAACCAGGAAGUAAAAGUGCUGCAGAUCCUCAUACCGCAAAGCCAAACAUGACAAUGAGUGCUAGCAUGUGGGAACUGCAAAGAUUACGAGCUAAGAGUGCUGGGAUUACUAAUUGUCCUCAUUUGGACUCCAAGAUGGAUUCUAACAUGUGGGAACAACAACGACAACGUAGCAAGGAUCCUGGGGGGGCUGAUUCUGCUACUUCUGCUAAUUCCAACUCUAAAACUGACUCCAUCAUGUGGGAACAACAACGACAAGGAAGUAAACCCACGGGAGUCGCUGCCGUCCAGUCUGAUAUGGCCAUUGGUGCUAGCAUGUGGGAACCACAGCGACUACGAAGCAGGAACACUGUGACUCCUGAUGACGACGUCCUGUCAGAGCCACAGCUACUAGGGAGUAAGAACUCUGGAAAUGCUAAUCCUGCAGAUUCUGACGACGCAGUGGAUGCUAACACAUGGAAACAACAAGAUCAAGGGAGUAAUACCGGUGCGGUUCUGGAACCUACAAACCCAGGUUCUUCAGUCGGCGGCAGAAUUUGGGAACCACAACGACUGAGAAGUAAGAACGCUGUGAUCACCAGCCCGGCAAAACCAGACACUAACACGUGGGAACGCCAUGGAAUAAAGAGAGUGGGCGGUAACAGCACAGCCCCCAGAAGAGAAGCUAACUCCUGUGACACCCAGGGAGGUAAGACCACGAAGAUAGACGCUGCCUGGCAAAGGAACUUGGGCAACGUCAGAGUCCACAUCCGGGACUUGGGCAUGAAGGUCGGUGAAAGUGUCGUCCGCAGAGAUGUGAAGAAAGCACAAGGGAAGGUCGUCGGGAAGGGCGCCAGGGUUAAAACAAGGUCAUGACAAAACAAGGCGCCACCAUUGAAAUGAGAAGCCCGACUUUUAAACAUAGUGACUGAGAAAGACUCUACAGAACUGUGUUCCAUAAACACAACAUUAAAACACAUGUACAGACUGUAAAAGAGCAAACAUUGUAUUUGGACAUUGAAAAGGACGGUACAUCCUGCUUGGAGAGAAGGUGACAGUAUUGUGUGUGUUGUAUGUAACCUGUAAAUAUGCAUCUUUUUUAUUUAUGGGUACAGAUAUCACUGGUUCUUGAAUUUGUUCUGGUGUAAAUACGAUGCGGUCUCUGUUGCGUGGUUGGUUCUAGUCAUGGAGGUUGUUUGUUACCUUUGUGUGUAAUUUUGUAUUCAGCAUCCUGUCGGCUUUCGUCACCAAACUAUUUAUUGUCCAAUAAAUAUGAGGAAGGAA